AUGGACCAGAUAAAGCCAGUGCUAGGCACCCAGAGAAGGGGACUGAGGGCCAGCUGCUGGAAAGUAACGGUUGCUGCUGCUGUGGUGGGCAGCGUGACAGCCCUCUACCUGGGGAUCCUGCUGGCCUGUCAUCCCACGGGAGAGACCAGCUUUGAGCACACAGUGGAACUGCAAGGAAUCACAUUCAACAGCAGCUUACAGAUGGAGAACUCGGACUACUACAGGGUGCUGACACCUGCUCUUGAGAAGCUGUUUCUGUCCAGUUUCCAGGACUCCCAGCUGUACUGGAGCUGCACUGGUUGCACCAUCCUGGGCUACAGGAAUUGAAACUCAAGUGUGAUUGUUCGUUUCCGCCUCCGCUUCGCCCCCCAGGAUUCCCAGCCCCUGAGCUCUACCAUGGAGGAGGAAGCGCUCAGACACGGGCUGGCAGCUGCCCUGCAGGAGCAGGGUCUCUCGCUGGCUGCCUAUGGGACUAUAUCCUCAGUGUCUCUUACAGGUCCCAGUGAGGUUUCUCCCCACAGACCUGGACUGAAAUCAGGGAGCUGCCCUGGAGGCACGUUCACUUGCCUCAACAUCCAGUGUGUGUGGAAAGAAAACCCUGAAUGUGACGGCCAAAAAGACUGUGCUGAUGCCUCUGAUGAAAGGGGCUGUGACUGUGGGAGCCGCCCUGCCAUGCAGACUGCCACCAGGAUAGUCGGAGGCUCAGAGGCAUCCAGAGGGGAGUUCCCGUGGCAAGUCAGCCUGCGAGAGAACAAUGAGCACUUCUGCGGCGCUGCAGUCCUCACAGAGAAGUGGCUGGUGUCUGCCGCUCACUGCUUUACUGAGUUUCAGGACCCAGCCAUGUGGGCAGCUUACACAGGGACCACCUCCCUCAGAGGCUCGGACAGCAGUGCAGUGAAAAUGGGCAUUGCGCGGAUCAUCCUGCACCCCUCCUACAACGCUGACACAGCUGACUAUGAUGUGGCUGUGCUGGAGCUGAAGAGACCUGUGGCCUUCACUAAGUACAUCCAGCCUGUGUGCCUGCCAGACGCUGGGCAUCACUUCCCCACCAGCAAGAAGUGCCUUAUCUCCGGCUGGGGCUACCUCAAGGAGGAUUUCUUGGUGAAACCUGAGUUCCUGCAGAAAGCAACAGUGGAGCUGCUGGAUCAGACACUGUGCUCCAGCCUCUACAGCCACGUCCUCACAGACAGGAUGCUGUGUGCUGGCUACCUAGAGGGGAAAAUCGACUCCUGCCAGGGUGACUCUGGUGGGCCUCUGGUUUGCGAAGAACCAUCUGGCAAGUUUUUCCUGGCAGGAAUUGUGAGUUGGGGAAUUGGAUGUGCUGAAGCCAGGCGUCCUGGGGUUUACACACGUGUUACCAAGCUCAGAGACUGGAUCUUGGAUGCUAUUUCUGCCUUCCCCACCUCCAUAGCCCAUACUGUCCCUCCAGUACACUCCAGUACUAAUAGUAACGUGGUCAGCUCUGAAGAGCUCAACACCACCACCACCACCAGAGCAAUCCCCACCAUUUCACCAGCCCCAGCUGCCAGCAAGCCAGUGACUGCAUCGAGACCACAAGAGUGUGGAGGACGACCCGGGUUCUCUAAAUCCAGCAAGAUUGUGGGAGGAACAGAUGCUUCCAGAGGAGAGAUCCCCUGGCAAGUCAGCCUGAAAGAAGACUCAAGGCAUUUCUGUGGAGCCACCAUAAUUGGGGACCGCUGGCUGCUGUCGGCAGCUCACUGCUUCAAUGAGACAAAUCCAGAAGAGAUCAAAGCCUACGUGGGCACAACAUCACUAAAUGGAACAGAUGGGAAUGCAGUGAAAGUCAAUGUAACAAGAGUGAUCCAACAUCCCCUGUUCAACCCUAUUAUCCUGGACUUUGAUGUGGCUGUACUUGAACUGGCAAGACCUCUUCUCUUCAACAAAUACAUCCAGCCCAUCUGUCUCCCACUUGCUGUGCAGAAGUUUCCUGUUGGCAAGAAAUGCAUCAUUUCUGGGUGGGGUAACCUCCAAGAAGGGAACGUCACCAAGCCUGAGAUCCUGCAGAAAGCCUCUGUGGGCAUCAUAGACCAGAAGACCUGCAACUUCCUCUAUAACUUCUCCCUCACUGACAGCAUGAUCUGUGCUGGCUUCCUGGAGGGGAAGAUAGACUCAUGCCAGGGAGAUUCAGGUGGACCCUUGGCCUGUGAGGUGACCCCGGGAGUGUUUUAUCUGGCUGGCAUCGUGAGUUGGGGAAUUGGUUGUGCGCAGGCUACAAAACCUGGUGUGUACUCCAGAAUUACCAAACUCAAAGACUGGAUCCUGGAUACCAUCUCACAGUUGCCCAGCCCUGGCACAGGCAGCCCUUCCAGUUCAGCCAUCACUAGAACUUCUACUAGCACCAUCCUCACCCACCAGCCCAGCGCAACAGCUGCAAGUCCAAUCAACAGAACCACCAUGGGGAUGAAGAUGACCACAACCAUGAAAGAAAUCUCCACAGCCCUGAAAACCACUGAACCUUCCAAGCCCACCCAAACCCCAGUGGUGCCUUGUACCAGCCUCACCUUCAAGUGUUCCAGCAAGGUCUGCAUUGGAAAAGAAAAUCCCAAAUGUGAUGGCAUUGUUGACUGCAGCAACGGCUUUGACGAGCGCAACUGCGACUGUGGCUUAACAACUGCUCUGGCCUUCAGCAAGAUCGUGGGUGGCAGCACUGCGGCUCAGGGGGAAUGGCCUUGGCAAGUCAGUCUCUGGCUUCGGCGGAAGGAGCACAAGUGUGGGGCUGUCCUCAUUGCUGACCGGUGGCUGCUCUCUGCAGCUCACUGCUUUGAUAUUUACAGUGACCCUGAAAUGUGGGUGGCCUUUCUAGGAACACCCUUCCUGAGUGGCAUCGAUGGCAAAAUGGAGAAAAUAUUCCGUAUCUACAAGCACCCUUUUUACAACAUCUACAGCCUGGACUAUGAUGUGGCACUGCUAGAGCUGAACAUGCCUGUCAGGUUCAGCAACACCAUCAAACCUAUAUGUCUCCCAGACAAUUCACACAUCUUCCAUGAAGGAGCCAGAUGCUUCAUCACAGGCUGGGGCUCCACAAAGGAAGGAGGUGUCAUGUCAAAGCAUCUGCAAAAAGCAGCAGUGAACAUGAUUGGAGACCAGGCCUGCAAAAAGUUCUACCCUGUCCAGAUCAGCAGCAGGAUGGUGUGUGCCGGUUUCCCACAGGGCACCGUCGACAGUUGUUCAGGUGAUGCAGGUGGGCCACUGGCAUGUAAAGAACCCUCAGGGAAGUGGUUUCUAGCAGGAAUCACAAGCUGGGGCUAUGGCUGUGCCAGGCCAUAUUUCCCUGGUGUCUACACCAAAGUCACAGCUGUCCAGGGCUGGAUUGCGCAGAACCUCAAGCUCUGAAGCUGCAUUUCACCCCUCAGGGAAGGCGACAAAUGAGAGGAGUAAUUGCCAGAGGAUGCACUAACCACACCCUCAGCUAUUGUACAUUUUUUUUGAUGCUGCAAAGUGGUGAAGAUGGUGUGCAGGUAUUAAGCAAAUGCCAGUGUUGUGUGAUCCACUGCAGUUGUGACACCAGGGCAUUUGACAACUGCUUUGCAUACAAGACUAGAUAUUUUCUAUAAAUAAAUGAGGCCUGUCCCAUC